GCCUUCAAGGCAGCAGCUGCCUCCGCCACGCGUCGCUGACCCGGAACUAAAAGCGCUGCGCGGCGCCGGAUUCCAGCGUCAUUUCCACUACGACGAUGGCGGCACAGGGAGCAGCUGCGGCGGUUGCGGCGGCUACUUCAGGGGUCGCGGGGGAGAGCGAUCCCGGGCCCGGGGAGAAUGCGGCGGUCGAGGGGACCGCCCCGUCCCCGGGCCGCGUCUCUCCCCCGACUCCAGCGCGCGGCGAGCCGGAAGUCACCGUGGAGAUCGGAGAAACGUACCUGUGCCGACGACCGGAUAGCACCUGGCAUUCUGCUGAAGUGAUUCAGUCUCGAGUGAAUGAUCAGGAGGGCCGAGAGGAAUUCUAUGUACACUACGUGGGCUUUAACCGGCGACUAGACGAAUGGGUAGACAAGAACCGGCUGGCACUGACCAAAACAGUAAAAGAUGCCGUGCAGAAGAACUCAGAGAAGUACCUGAGCGAGCUGGCUGAGCAGCCUGAGCGCAAGAUCACUCGCAACCAAAAGCGCAAGCAUGAUGAGAUCAACCAUGUGCAGAAGACCUAUGCGGAGAUGGACCCCACAACAGCAGCCUUGGAGAAGGAACAUGAGGCGAUCACCAAGGUGAAGUAUGUGGACAAGAUCCACAUCGGGAACUACGAAAUCGAUGCCUGGUACUUCUCACCGUUCCCUGAGGACUAUGGGAAACAGCCCAAGCUGUGGCUCUGCGAGUACUGCCUUAAGUACAUGAAAUUCGAGAAGAGCUACCGCUUCCACUUGGGGCAGUGUCAGUGGCGGCAACCCCCAGGGAAGGAGAUCUAUCGCAAGAGCAACAUCUCCGUGUACGAGGUGGAUGGCAAAGACCACAAGAUUUACUGUCAGAACCUGUGUCUGCUGGCCAAGCUUUUCCUGGACCACAAGACGUUGUACUUCGACGUGGAGCCCUUCGUCUUUUACAUCUUGACUGAAGUGGACAGGCAGGGGGCCCACAUUGUUGGCUACUUCUCUAAGGAGAAGGAGUCUCCAGAUGGGAACAAUGUGGCCUGCAUCCUGACUCUGCCCCCCUAUCAGCGGCGUGGCUAUGGAAAAUUCCUCAUUGCUUUCAGUUACGAGCUCUCCAAGCUAGAGAGCACAGUAGGCUCCCCUGAGAAGCCACUGUCUGACCUGGGCAAGCUCAGCUACCGCAGCUACUGGUCUUGGGUCCUGCUGGAGAUCCUGCGAGACUUCCGGGGCACACUGUCCAUCAAGGAUCUUAGUCAGAUGACCAGCAUCACCCAGAAUGACAUCAUCAGCACCCUACAGUCCCUCAAUAUGGUCAAGUACUGGAAGGGCCAGCAUGUGAUCUGUGUCACACCCAAGCUGGUAGAAGAACACCUCAAAAGUGCUCAGUAUAAGAAACCACCCAUAACAGUGGACUCUGUCUGUCUCAAGUGGGCCCCCCCCAAGCACAAGCAAGUGAAACUCUCCAAGAAGUGAAUGGCCUGUGCCCCUGCUGCUGGACCUUUAUCUCCUUGUCCCCUAGCCUGUAAAUAUGUACAGACCUGUUUCGUCAUUUUUUAAAAUAAAGUAAGUUCUGCCAGUG